CAACUGGCCAAAGCCAAGCAACGCAAAGCCUCGCUACAAAUUGGACCGGGAGCGCGCGCAUCCCGAGCAACUUAGCGCAACCGUCCAACGCGACGCCACGCCAGACACAGAGAGAGAGACACUGUCACUGACUAAGGCCAUGCGCUGCCGCUAGCUAGCUGCAGGGUGCAGAGCGAAUCCGCCUUGCUUUCGCCGCCGCCAGCUUCUUCUUCUUCCUCCCACCGCGCGAAUUCUCGGUUUUUCUUUUCUCCCGUCGGGUUGCAAUGUGGCGGGCUCUCGCGGCGGCGGUGGUGCUGGUGGUGGCGGUGGUGCGGCCGGCGGCGGCGACGGACCCCUACGCGUUCUACGACUGGGACGUCGGCUACGUCACCGCGGCGCCGCUCGGCGUCAAGCAGCAGGUGAUAGGCAUCAACAGCAAGUUUCCGGGACCUACCGUGAACAUCAGCACCAACUGGAACGUCGUCGUCAACGUGCUCAACGACCUCGACGAGCCGCUUCUCAUCACCUGGAACGGGAUCCAGCAUCGGAAGAACUGCUGGCAGGACGGGGUGCUGGGCACGAACUGCCCCAUCCCGUCCGGGUGGAACUGGACGUACGAGUUCCAGGUGAAGGACCAGAUCGGCAGCUUCUUCUACUUCCCCUCCACCGGCCUCCAGCGCGCCGCCGGCGGCUACGGCGGCGUCGUCGUCAACAACCGCGACGUCAUCGCCGUCCCCUUCGGCCGCCCCGACGGCGACAUCACCAUCUUCAUCGGCGACUGGUACAACAAGAACCACACGGAUCUGAGGAAGAUGCUGGACAGCGGGAAGGACCUCGGGAUGCCGGACGGGGUGCUGAUUAACGGCAAGGGGCCGUACAGGUACAACGACAGCCUUGUGCCGGCCGGCAUCGAGUACGAGACCAUCAAUGUGGAUCCCGGCAAGACGUACCGGAUCAGGGUGCACAACGUGGGGACGUCGACGAGCCUCAACUUCCGGAUCCAGGGGCACAGCCUGCUGCUGGUGGAGACGGAGGGGUCCUACACCACGCAGCAGAACUACACCAACCUGGACGUCCACGUCGGCCAGUCCUACUCCUUCCUCCUCGCCGCCGACCAGAACGCCAGCUCCGACUACUACGUCGUCGCCAGCGCCCGCAUGGUCAACGACUCUCUCUGGCGCCGCGUCACCGGCGUCGCCGUCCUCCGCUACUCCAACUCCGGCGGCAGGGCCUCCGGCCCGCUCCCCGACCCUCCCCAGGACCAGUACGACAAGAGCUUCUCCAUGAACCAGGCUCGCUCCGUCAGGUGGAACCUGAGCGCCGGGGCGGCGCGGCCGAACCCGCAGGGCUCGUUCCGGUACUCGUCGAUCAACGUGACGCAGGCGUACCUGCUGCGGGGCACAGCGCCGGUGGAGAUCGCCGGGCGGCGGCGGGCGACGCUGAACGGGCUGUCGUUCACGCCGCCGGAGACGCCGCUGCGGCUCGCCGACGCGUACGGCGUGAGGGGGGUCUACUCGCUCGACUUCCCCGAGCGGCCGAUCCGCGGCGCCCCUCGGAUGGGGCGCUCCAUCAUCAACGGCACCUACCGCGGGUUCAUGGAGCUCAUCUUCCAGAACAACGACACCCGGAUGCAGAGCUACCACAUGGACGGCUACGCCUUCUUCGUCGUCGGGAUGGACUACGGUGAAUGGACGGAGGACAGCAGGGGAACCUACAACAAGGGUGACGGCGUCGCCCGCAGCACGGUGCAGGUCUACCCGGGAGCGUGGGCGGCGGUGCUGGUCUCCCUGGACAACGUCGGCGUCUGGAACGUGAGGUCGGAGAACCUGGACUCAUGGUACCUGGGCCAGGAGGUCUACGUCAGGGUCGUCAACCCCGAGGACACCGGCAACAAGACGGAGAUGGCCAUCCCCGACAACGCCCUCUACUGCGGCCAGCUACACAAGUAUCAGAAGCAGCAGACACCUCACCACAGGAUGGGGGCGUCGGCGGCGCGGCCGGCGGCCGUGGUGAGCCGGGUGGCGGCGGCGAUGCUGCUCCUCGUCGGAGCCGCCAUGCUCUCGCCGUAGAGCGGUGGGCGUACGUGGCAUGUCGGUGUUAAUUAGUUCUUCUGCGAUGAGGUGACUGCGUCGUGUAGGAUUGGUUUAGGAUCGUCGUAGCCCAUUUUCUCUGUUGAUACGAGUUUGUCAGUGUGCCGCUUGACUUUUGGGUUCUUUAGGAAGUGUAGGGAUUGCUUCUUGAUUCGAUUUGUUCAUGCAUUUGUAUCUGUUCAUGGAAUCAUGGGGAUCAACCCAGCUCCAGUUACUCCAUUUUUUUUGGUAGUUUUAAGUGUUAACUCUGCUUGAUCAUCUGAAAGACUGAAAUUUGCGGGCUCAGGAAAAAAAAAACUCAACACAACAUCAUAAUCAUUCAUUCAGAGCUUGCAAA